AUGCCCCGCCCUGAGCGUCUAGCCACCAUAGCAGACAAGCGCAAAAUCGUCCUUGUCUCGGGGUGCUCAUCAGGCAUCGGCCAAGCCCUAGCAAUCGAAUUUGCCUCACGCAACAAGGAGUAUCACGUCUUCGCUUCGGCCCGCAACCUCGACUCGAUCCGUUGCCUCCCAUCCAGCAUCGAGAGGAUUCAGCUUGACGUGACGGAUGAAGAAAGUACUAAGCGCUGCGUCGAGAGCGUCAUUGCCCAGGUGGGCAGGAUCGAUGUGCUAGUCAACAAUGCGGGCGUUAAUACAGGGACAGGGCCCAGCGUUGAGGUCGAGCUAGACAGGUAUCGCUCGACGUUUGAGGCAAACUUUUUCGGCCUCAUCCGACUCACGCAGCACGUUGCGCCGCACAUGAUGGACCGCCGUCAGGGUCACAUCAUUCAAAUCGGUAGCACAGUCGGCCUCGUCCCUCUGCCGUACGCGGCGAGCUAUGCGGCCAGCAAGGCCGCGGUUCACUCCUUCUCUGAGACCUUGGCCAUGGAGCUCAAGGGGUUCAAUGUAGAUGUCACCGUCGUGGCGCCUGGGGCGAUCAAGAGCAGCAUCGGGGAGAAGAAUGUCAAGCACAUCAAGUUGCCAGGAGACAGUCGGUACAAGAAUGUUGAGGAUAUGGUGCAAUACCGAGCCAUCUAUUCUCAAGUCGGACGCCCAGCGCCCUCACCCACAGCGGACUUUGCUCGCGAAGUAGUGGACCGAGCCUGCCCACGUCAAUCAUCGUGGUCCCUCGUCGCGUGGCUCUGGCGCACCAAGCCUCCUGCCUACGUCAUUGCUGGAUCACGAAGCUCCCUCAUCAAGCUCCUCUUCUAUCUGCCAGUCUGGGUCAGACAGGCUUUGCUUGGACGGGCGUUCCAGAUGGGAAGGGUUGGCAAAGGGAAGGGAAAGUCGGCGUAA